UGCCACAAAAUUCUUCCAAUCAAAAUCAGUCAGCUUUCGCUGUUCAGACUCGCAUGGUAUCCAAUUUGUUUCAAAAUGGCGCGUUCGCUGUUAAAGUGGCAUAAUGCUUUGUAACUUGAAAGUGCCCCCGUUUAUUAAUUUUGCUCUAAUAAUAUACUUUUUAUGAAUAUGUUACUUUAAAACAAAUAUUUUAAGACGGAAGACCUAGCUGUCGUGGUCAGUGCUCUCAAAUAGGAAGAAUUAUUCUGACCAACAAAAAGCUGAGAAAUCUUCAUGUACAGACUUGAUAUACACAUCGAUUAGUUAUCUUGUGAACAUGAUGUCUUUGUGCACACAGUAUCAUCCUUCAUGAAUCAUGAAGAUUUCCCUUUAUGCUUGUCUGUAGUCAAAUGUUUUGCAUACUCACUGUCCGUAGUGGAAAGGAGCAAACUUGUUUUCGUUUGUACAUUCACAAGAGUACAAAAGAUGGAAUCGUUUCCGGAUGACAAGUGUACCUUGCCAGCAGCAAUGAAGGAGCUGAUUCAGUAUUUUGAGUCUCAGAGCAAGCUCCUGGAUGACCAGGACAUCAUUGAUUCUUCCAUCAUCUCCCUCAUGUCUAAUACAUCAAACUGCAGUGAAACUAAUUUUAUUUCUUGCAUCCGCUUUUGUGGAGUGCCCAUACUUCCUCCGGUGAUGACAACAAGCAGACGUCAAGAAAUGAGACAGGCUCAGCAAGAAGCUAUGUUUAGGAAAAGCUGCAGUGCCAGACAAAAAACAGUCUUGUCAACACCAUCAGCUUCCCAGGGCUUAGAGGCAUCAGGUGAGCACAUGGAGAAGAGAGGAGGGCAAAUAGGGGGCACCAGGUAUCCACUGGAGAGACCAUCUGUGCUGAAACCUGUUCUGUCAUCAGCCUGGGGGUCACUCACUGCAGACUCAUCAGAAAACCUAAUUAAGUCAGAUGGGAGAGAAGAGGCAGUGGAGAGCCUAAGUACAGUGGCAGUGACCAGCACUGGGAACACCUUUGCCACAAUUGAACAAGGGACUGAAGAGUUUGGUUUUCACACUUUAGACUCUGUCUGUUCAGACUUGAUGUCCAUGGAGGAAGUGCUGCCCACAUACUUCCAUGGGGUUCCUCUCACAUCUGUCAGGCAGCAAAAGAUUUCCCAGGAUUUGAAUAGGCUGUCAAAAAUUUUGAAUGUGAAAGACUUUAAUUCUACUGGAGAAAGUGAUGCAGGGGAGUUAACUAGGACAGGCUUGUCCUUGGUGGGCCAGGCAUUGGAUGAUAGAUGGGCACACUUAGUUAGCACAGAUGUGCGUGCCUCAGAUGAUAAAUCUUCUAGUGUUUACCAUGAAAGACAGGAUUUCACAGUGGCUGAAGAUAAUGUUGGCAUGGAGAAUUCCAUAUCUGGUACCGCAAGCAUUGAUUGCUCAUCAGCAGACAUGCCUUCACAAGGAGAGGUAAACGCAUUGUUUGGGAGCAGCACCAACACCUCAGGCGUAAGCUCAGCCAAUACAACCAGUACAACAGAUAGUCAGAAGAGCAGCAGAAGCAGCCCAAGAUCACUGAAAAACACUGUUCAUUUUGCUUCCUUUGUCACAGAAUAUUUUGACAAUAGCAGUAGUCAAUCCUCGGAAAAUAUUACGGUUGUGAAGAAAAAGAUUUCAGCAGACUUUGGUGGUGAUAAGAGAAGCCUCAUUGAAACUGAUCGCUGUGAAGUAGACGCUAACCAGAAUACUGAUGAUUCCUUGUGUGUAACAAAUAUUUCAAGCAAACAAAAUAAAAAAUUAAACUGCAGUGAUGAAGGGUUGCUUUGUAAAGUGUCGCUUACUGACCUUGAGGCUCCAAACUCACCUGUAACAGACCCAUCUAGCUUACCAUUCCAGAAUACCAUGAGCGAAACCUGUUUAUCUGACAAAGAAAAUGAUGCCAAGCAAGCCAACCAGGUACUUGUACCAGGAGGAGCUGGCACCUCUUCUGCCUGUGGUCACAGCAGACAGCGGUCUGGAGGAGGCCCUACAGUUAGCAGUGCCAGUGUCGCAGAAUCACAGACAUCUUCUAAAUCUGAUACCACAGCUGCCACAUCUGAGUCCAGCAGCAGUACACUUAUUGAGUCUGUGGUGACCAGCGGAGAGGGCAUGGAACUUGGAAUGAACGUCAGGGAGUUUGAGCCCACAGGUAAAGAUGGAGAUGGCACAGACAGGACAAGACACCAGUUUAGAAUGUUGGAUUGUUUCCAGAAACCAAAAAAAUUGCCGGCUGAACCAUUGGUGCAGACUGCCAUCAGCAGGACUGAAGGAAGAGAUUCGACUGAAAAUUUAUGUGCAAGCCAAGGGCAGAAGGCUCACAUUCGGCGUGGCUCAUACACACUCCUCAGUCCAUCUCCUGUGUUGGUCAGGGCCUGUGAAAGGGCUGGAGAGACAGCAUUUGUAGGCAAACAAAGUACACAAUUUAAAGAGAUCAAGAAAGGGAUACAUGAAGAGGACUGUGCAAAGCAAUGUAACAGCCCUCAGCAUAUCCCUUCCCAUCUGGAGUCUACAGGCAAGGCAGAGCACAUGAGCAGAUACUUGUCCCAAGUACAACUUCAUUAUUCAGGUGAAAUAUCGGAUUCUUCUGCCUCAAAUGUCCUGCAUGUACUUGACCCUAGCUAUCCUGAACUCAAUGCACAGCUUCAGAGCAGUUUGAAUGUUCUGCAGUCCCUGACACAGAUGCAGUCAAGCCUCUUAACCCUUGAUGGGAGUGAAGGCAAGCUUCCAGAGGAAGUCCUUGAGGCACACAGUCAACAGUUUGACAGACGUCGCCAGACCUUGCUGACCAAGCAGAAGCAGGAGCUAGAGGACUUGUUUGUCCAGCAGAGACGUGAACAGAUGUCUCUUCUGGCUGAGAUUGAGGAGCAUCAGCGGUGUAUGAAAGAACAGCAAGAAUUUUUAGAAACCAAUCUACCAGAAUCCAUCAAGGUCCAGACAAAAACAGUUCAGCCUAAUCCCACUUUUGAGGAGUUAGGGAGCGAGGAAACACAGAUAAAACAAGGCUCUUUGCCUGCUUGUAAAUUUGUGGAUCACACAGUAGGAAAUUUUGCAGCACGAAAACCUGCACUGUCCUCUGGCCCGCCAACACAUCGUCUUGUGCUCAGAUCUCCUGGCAAGUUCAGCUCCAGGCAUACAAGCUCCUACAAAAUUACAACACCACCAGAGGCACUAGAGCCCCACAUGAAGGUGAAAUUUGACAAGCUGACAGCUCUAGCCCGUGGUUUUCUCACCCGUUGCCUUAUGAAAUCCUCCAAGGUUCAGGAGCUGAUUAAAACCAUUAAGGCCACAAGGGAGUUUGCCUUCAGCUUUCAGUCAGAAGUAGCUAUUGCAAGAGGGCCAUGGUCCCGCCAGGACAGACAUCUGUUUGAAAGGAUCAUUAAUCAGCUUCAGGCUGCUCUGAUGGACAUUCACGAGAUAUUUUUUGACAUGCCAGUCAUAGAGAAGAUGAUGCUGAUUAAGCAGACACGUCAACACAAGCUGGAGAAGGAACACACAUCUUCCAGAGAAGAAAACCCCCGUGGUUCUGGACCUCGCAUCAGCUCGGCCACAUUAAAAGCUUUGAAGAGGAAACAGCAAGCGCAAGAAGCAGAAGCCGCUGUUUUUGGUGAAACUCGGCCUAGUACUACAUCUCCUAUAUCUAGCAGUGCCCAGUCAGCUAGUCAUGAUGACUUGAGUGGGCCUCUCAAGCAGCACUACAAAUUUCUCUUGUCCAGGGCUAUCAAACCAAUCACCAUGCAUGCCAGUCAUCACCUCCAAGUGUCUCCACUUCAGCUAGAUGUGCCUGUAGCAAGGUCAGAAAAACGACCACAGACAGCACCAGAGAAGGUGUCACGUCCAAAAAAGCCAGGCAGCACCUUUGCGCCUACUUUUAGUAGUGGCCAUUCCACUGACUCAGCUUUCUCCAAAAGCGCCAUGAGGCUAAAGCAGCAGCAGCAGCAGCACCAGCAACAGCAACAUCAAGCAGCACCCAGCAAAAGCAGCAAAUUACCCAAGCAGUCCAAGUUAUGGCGAUAAGACAGCAGCAAGUUAACCAAGGAAUCAAAGUCCUAGCGAUAGGAUUGAAGUGUCAUGAGCAAAUGUUAAACAUUAACAUCUACAGUCUCCAUGCAGACCAAGUCAUGGUGAUAAGAUAGAAGUGUUGUAAACAAAUGUUAAACAUGCAAUCCCCAAGAAGCAUUCAGCAGAAAAAAAAUGAUAAUGACAGUGUUAUGACAUGCAAGCUUAGUGAUAAUAAGCUUGCAAGCUUGUAGUGAUAUUAGACAUGUAUUUAUCACCAGCUUACUGAUGAUGUCACUGAAUGAACAGGUUUACAUCUGUGGACUAUCUGAAAGAACCAUUCUGAACAAAAGAUGCAUGGGGUUUUUUUUUUCUCAUUUUUGAUAUUGUUUGGUCUAUCUAAAGUUGCCAAUCUUUAUUUGUAUUUUGUUACUUGAGCAGUCUGGGAGUGAGAAUAUUUUGUGGAUUGCAUUGUCUUAUGUGGAGCAGCAAAGUUCUGAUAAGUCUGAGAUGUCAUGCUGCUAUGUACUCUUCAUUUUCAGUUCUACUUUUGGCCAUUUCCUUAAGACAAAAGCUGACAAUUUUUAUAAAAGCCAUGACAUUAACAAGCCUUAUGCAAAGUGAAUCAGCAAGAUGUCUGACAAUGAUUGUAACACAAGAAUCACUUCGAGUCAUUUAUUUAUUACUUAUGUUAAUUUCUCAUUGCAUUGGCUAAAUUAUUUUUUUCGCAUGGUGCUUGUGUUUACUGCGUGACAUCAAGGUCAUGCUCUGUUCUUGACAUUUGUAAUGUCUCUCAGUUCUUUCAAGAGCAAAAUCUAAUUUUUCAAAGACUCUGAGCUCAACAGCUUUAUUGAGUUGACCUUAACCUUGUGCGAAUGAUUUUGCAACUUUGAUUUCUCCUAUAGACGCUAUAUUUAGUAGAAAUAGUUUUGUUGUGAUCAUAGGCCUUUGUGGUGCCCUUCAGUCGGGUGUCCUGUAAGUACUUAGCAUGUAUAUUAACCAGCUUUUCUACUGUAGUUGUAAGAAUUCGCACAUCUGGGUAUGUUUGGGCUGUAUAUCCUAAAUUUUAAUGGUUAUUCUAAGUAAUAAAAAGAAUAGUCUGAUAAGAAGUUGCUUAUAUAACACAAUGAUAGGACAGUGUCAGUCCCCAUGCCUGUUGGAAAGUGCAUGAAUUGUAGAAUGUUGAUGCUCUUUAGAGGUGGAUGCCACAUUUAGCUUGUGUUCAAUGUGUUCAUACUAUUUUAUUAUUGGGUAGGUAUACAAAAUUCUUCUUCUUCUUCUUCUUUCCUAUACGCCCCAAGUGGAGCAUAGGGCCGCAACCACACCCCGCCAUCGGACCCGGUCCUGGGCGUCCCUUUUCAGUUGGCACCACGUCAUGCCAGCAGUCUCUGCCUCUCUGUGGACUGAUCUCCUCCACGUCUGUCUGGGUCUCCCAACCUUGCGCCUCCCCUGUGGGUUCCAGCCCAGAGCUUGUCGC